AUGGAUGACUCAGAGGAGCUCCCCGAUGAGCUGCUCGCUUGCCCGCCGGUGGCGCUCGAGGGCUAUGUGCGCCGCCGCAUCCAGCAGUUCAACGCGCAGCCCAUCCUGGCGCACUGGCUGGGCGCGCAGGCGGCGGCGGGCCUGCAGGAGGCCACCCGCCAGCUGCUGCUGGCCGGCCAUGCCGCCGGCGACGGCCUAGGUGUGGCUGCAAGCGGCGCUCCGCGGCCUGAUGCUGCCCCGGAGCUGGCUCUAGUGUUCAAGCACGACUGCAGGCACCUGGGCUGCGCCGACGCCCACUGCCAGCUGUGCGCGCAGAACCAGUUGCGGCGCUGCCCUCAGGCCUUCUGCCCCAAGUACCUGGCAGGCGACCCGCUCAAGGCGGCGUGUGGCGCCGCCAUCAGGGUAGAGCUUGUGGAUCGCGCCACCGGCAGGGUGGCGGCCGCCCACCCGCCCAUGCAGCUGCAGAUCUGUGUGGUGGACGGCAAGGCGUACGAGGGCCUGGCGGAGGGCGGCGCGGCGCCGACUGACGCCGAGCUGGACCGCAUCACGCUCCUGGCCAACCAGCAGGGCCAGCCGCUGCUGUCGUCCAAGCAGGCCGGCGCCGACGGUGAGGGGCGCCUGGUGGUCCCGCUGACCAAGGGCUGCGCCACGCUGCCGGAAAUGAGCAUCACAGGCAGCAGCGAGGCGCUGCUGUCAGGGCAGCGGCCGCCCUUUGUGCUGGUGGUGCGGGCGGUGGAGCCUGGCAGCGGCAAGCGCUGCGCCGCCAUCUCGGCCGCAGUGUCGGAUGGUUUUGUGGUGGCCACCCCCCGGGUGCGCUCCGCCUCCAAGCGCACCAUCCCUAAGCUCGCCGACCACGUCUCCAAGCUGACGGCUGUGGGCAACGCCACACAGGCUAAACUGAGGGACCUGGGGAAGGCGGCAAUGGAGGCGGGGCUGCACGACCUGGAGCUGCCCCUCGCCUCCGCCAACACUGUGGGCGAGUUCCGGCAGCUGGUGGCGUGGGCGCAGGAAGAUGCUGCUCGCUGCGACCAGGUCAAGAAGAUGCUGAAGCUGACGAGGGGAUGGGAGGAGGCGCGGGACCAUGCCAUGAAGGCGGUGGGCGAGGACAGCCGGCUGCGUGCUUUCUUCCCGGAUGCCUCUCUGGCGACCGGCCUGCUCUUUGGCUGCCAGGAUGCCAAUCUUCGCAUGGAGGCUCCACUGGCCCUCCUGCAUGCUGCAGCAGACAUCUCCGGCCAGCACACGCUGCGGGCCACUCUGCUGACGCGGGAGGGGCACGUGGCGGCAGCGCAGGGGCAAUGGCAGGGGCAGGGGCAGGGGCAGGGGCAGGGGCAGGCGGGCGAGGGGCAGCAGCAGGUGAUGGUGGACAACGGGGAGGUGCAAGCCAUGAAGCAGCAGGCCAAGGCGUGCUGGGCGAGCCGCGGGCACCCCGGCUGGGCGCUGCUGCCGCUGGACACCCCAGCCUUCGAGCAGAGCUGCUGCCACCUGGAGCAGGUGCUGCUGCCUGCUGAGGUGGCGGCCGCGGCUGUACCGCAGGUGCCGCACGCCUCUGCCGGCUUCCUGGCAGGUCCCGGCCUGCCCACCGCCGGCCUGGGCUCCUCCUUCCUAGCCGGCGCGGUCGCCGGCCAGCACGUGCAGCUGGCAUUGCAGCAGGCAGCGCUGCCCAGCCUGCCCGGCGGCGGCAGCCCGACGGCGGCGGGCGAGCAGCUUGGGAUUCUGGAGGAGUUUGCCAUGCUGGGCGUGCAGAGCCCGGUGACCCCUUCACCUCACGGUGCGGGCCCCGCCUCCCAGCCAGCAGCAAGCGCGGCAGCUGCUGCCGGCGCCGCCCGCUCCGCCGCUGCUGGCGGCAGCCUGGCUGACCGCGUGCUGCGCUCAAUCAAUGCCAGCCAGCCGCCGCUGGCGCAGCAGCAGCAGCAGCAGCAGCAGCAGCACGUUGCGGCAGCCAGGAGGGGAUAUAGCGUCGGUCCUACAGUGGGCAGUAAGCCGCUGCACCUGCAGUUGGAGCUAGCGGGGCGCAGCCAGGACCUGCUGCUGAGGCCCUCAGGAGACUCGCCAGCUGGUCCCCUGGACCAGGCAGCAGCCUUUGGCAGCGCAGAGCCGUCCCUGUCCCCACCGCCGCCAGAGCACACAGGCAGGCGGAACGUGGCAGGCGUCGGGGAGCCAGAGCCUCAGCUGUCGCCGCUGGCCAGGCUGAUCAGCGACUUGCCCAGCCUCAGUGUCUUUGGCCCUGGAGGCCCCUUGAGCGAGGCCGCCAUUGCAGAGCUGAAUGUUGCAGCUCAGGGAGGGGAUGGCACAGGGAUCGGCGAGGGCGCUCGCAGGGUCUCGCCUGUGCAGUCUCUGGCCGACAUGUUUGGCGGCGUCGAGGCAGCUGCUGGGCCUGCGGUGGACUGGGAGCAGCUGCUACGGGAGGCCUACAAGCCUGACGGCGGCGCCCAGCUGGCAGCAGAGGACGCAGGCGUGGGCGCAGCGGCGGCUGGGGCGCUGGGAGGCCAGUCGGCGAGUGCAGCUGGGGAUCAGCUGGGUGCGACGGCGCUGCUGCGCAUGCUGAGCCACGCCUCAGGCGUGGCUCAGGAGAUGGCCAGGCUGGGCACGCUGCCUGCUGACUGGGAUUGGCUGACAGAGACGAGCGGACUGGACCAGCUGCCGCUGCUGGCCGACCAGGCACAGCAGGGCGCUGGAGGCGCCGCCACGGCGGCCACCGAAGCCGCUGCCGGCGGCGGCGACCUGCCGCCAGCUCAGAAGCGCCAGAUGCUGCGCUUCCUGACCCCCGAGUGGACCAAGCUGCUGUCCCUGGGGGCUGGCGACUGGGCAGCGCUGCUGCAGGGCCAGGGCCAGGCAGCGGCGCUUCAGCAGGCGCGCCGCACUCCGUCGCCCCAGGGCAGGAUGGCCGCCAGUGGGGCAGCUGCUGCAGCAGCAGUCGGCUCGGGAGCAGCGCCGGCGGUGGCAGACACCGAGGCGGGGGCUGGCGGGCAGGAGCAAGGCGCAGGCGCGGCGCCCAGCAAGGGGGGGCGCAAGCGGAAUCUGAGCCCCAUUGGCAGCGGGAUGCAGGGGAUGGAGGGGGUAGAGCAGUGA